AUGCAACAUCUGAGCCAUGCACCUGAUAAAAAAAUACAGAAUUAUCAAUUCAGUUUUAAAUCCAAAUUAGGCAAAGGUGCUUAUGGAACAGUUUAUGCUGGUCAAAACACUAAUGAUAGUACAUAUACAAUUUUUAUCAUUAGAUAGUAUUGUUGCUCUUAAGAUUAUUGAUAAGAAAUUGUUACUUACUGAUUAUGCAAAUCAACUUAUUGUUUCAGAAAUUGAAAUAAUGAAAAAAAUAAAUGAUUCACAUGUUGUUAAAUUGUUAGAUGUAUUAUAAAGUGCUAAUAAUACUUAUAUCAUAACUGAAUUUUGUAAUGGAGGAGAUUUAAGAGAAUUUAUAAAAGCCAGAAAGUACAAUAUCUAUAAUAAUUAGAGUUAUCCCUGAAGAUGAAGCACUCAAAAUCUUAAAGGAUUUGUUAUAAGGAAUCAAGGCUUUAUUAAAAUAAGGUAUUAUACAUCGGGACAUAAAACCAGCAAAUAUUCUUAAACAUGAUUCUCAAUUUAAAAUUACAGAUUUUGGUUUUGCAAAACAAAUAGAUCAAAAUCUUGAUACAAUAAUGUGUUCUCUUGUUGGAACUCCAUUAUAUAUGAGUCCUUAAAUUCUAAAAAGAGGUAAAUAUUCUUCCAAAUGUGACAUUUGGUCAUUAGGAUUAAUACUUUAUGAAAUGCUUUAUGGUAUGACUCCAUGGCAUUCUCAAAAUUUAGUAGAAUUGAUGAACAAAUUAGAUUCUAAAGUAUAUAAAUAAUUUAUUAAAUUAGCCUCUCUAAUUUCCAGUUCAUCCUUAUAUAUCUGAUUCAACUAAACUAUUAAUUAAGGGAUGUUUACAAAUAAAUGAAGAUAAGAGAUGGAAUUGGGAUGACCUAUUCAAAGCAGUCUAUUUAAAUUCAAAUGAAAAUAAGGAAAAUUCUCCUAUUUCAAUUAUUAAAGAUGACCUUCGAUCACCAACUUAUAGAUAAGAUCAAAAUUCUCAGAAAAACGAUUACAAAUACUCUCUCCAAAUGUAAAGAAUCAAAUAAAGAACUGAAUCGUUAUGUUAAUAAAUAAAUAAACAUAAUCGAAGCUACAGUAAUGCUACCUUUUAAACUAAUGAUAAAUCUAAUAGACAAGAUAAUAAAACACCUGUUAAUGACAAAUAAGUAAGUAGUUAUUUUGAUUUAAGAGAGAAACUUAAACAAAACAAUAUUUAACAAGAAAGAGAAAGAAGUACCUCAUAAAAUUAUAGAUUUCAUACUUAAAGAAAUGAGUUAACUACCUUUUUUGAUAAAAUCUAAAAUGCUUAAUAAAAAUUAAAUAGUAAUAAUGAUUCUUGUAGAACAGCAAGUGCUCUAUAAUCUAACUCCACUAAUACUUCAAAUAAAGUGAAUUAUGAUUUGGAUUUGGUUAAGGUUUCUGACUUUCAAUUAGAAGAUAAUAAUCGAGUUUCUGAUUAUAAUACUACAUAUAGAAAUCCAAAGACUGAAAGAGUUAAAAGGACUAAUAGUUUAAGUGGACAUUUUCAAAACUAAUCAUUUUAAGUCAAACCUUAAUUGUAGUAGUUAAUAAAAAUAAUUGAGAAUCAACUUGAUUUGAUACCAAAUUAUAUUAAUUGCAAAAUUGAAAUAAAUACUAUGGUAAUUUUACAUAAGGAAAUAAUAUAUUGUGCCACAAAUAAAUAGGUUUAUACAAGUAAAGAUUUAAAAGAUCUCAAAUUAUUAAUAAAUAGUCUUAUUUCUUAUUUGAAUGAAAACACUGGAGAAAAUUCAAGUAAAUAAUCACAAAUAAUGUUACUAUUGCUCUUAACAUAUCAUAAAGUAUUAAUUUACAAUAUCAAAAACAAAUCUCUAAAUAUUGAUGCUAAUUUAAUUGAGACAAUCAAAAAAAGUAUUCAGGUUUAAUAAAAUCAAAUAAAUUUUGAAUCAAAACUGUUGAGAGAGCUAAUUAAUUUAUUAUUGUGA